GUGUUCACUAACCUGUGCGUCCAAGUGGCAGAACAGUCAAAGCCUGGAAUCCUAGGAAACAGGGUUUGGGAUCCGAAGCUUCGCCACCACUCUCUGACAGAGACUGAGCUCAUAACAAGGGGACCCUCAAACUCACCCAACAGAGAUCUAAACAUCAUAAACCCAGAAACAAAGGCUUAUUGGUGAUCUGGUGUUCACAACUUUUUUCUGAAUUGCAUUGCAGAUUUGACAGCAUUUCUGAGAUCACAAGGAGUAGAUAUGGGGAGGGUGGACGAUUUGGCUAUGAAGACUGACCCAGUUGCGGCCACCGAGUUGAUGAACUCUGAUAUCAAUGAGCUUAAGAUUGCGGCCAAGAGACUCAUUAGGGAUGUUACUAGGCUCAGUGGUCUUGGUUUUGGGACUACUUUUCUCAAAUGGCUUGCCUCCUUUGCUGCCAUAUAUUUGUUGGUAUUGGAUCGAACAAACUGGAGAACAAAUAUGCUGACUUCACUCCUAGUUCCUUAUAUUUUCUUUAGUCUUCCUUGGGGGCUGUUCCACUUACUGAGAGGAGAGGUUGGAAGCUGGAUUGCUUUUGUUGCUGUUGUAUUAAGGCUUUUCUUCCCAAGACAUUUCCCAGAUUGGCUGGAGAUGCCGGGUUCUCUGAUCCUUCUUCUGGUUGUGGCUCCAAGCUUCUUCGCAGAAACCUUGAAGGAGAGCUGGGUUGGCGUCCUGAUAUGUCUCCUCAUUGGAUGUUACCUGCUGCAAGAGCACAUCCGGUCAUCUGGUGGAUUCAGAAAUUCAUUCACACAAAGCCAUGGAAUAUCAAACACUCUCGGUAUUAUCUUUCUCUUGGUCUACCCUGUAUGGGCAUUGGUCAUCCACUUCAUUUAAGCAUUCGUAGCAAACAGUUUCUGCUAUCAAUUGUUUCUCUUUGUAAGACAUUGGAUUUCAUUAUCUGUGACGAUUUUAUUUGUAGUUCAAAAUUCGGUUUCUGCUUCUGCCCCGAAAUUUGAACAUGCAAAGACUGGAAUAUGGAAUGGAACCUUGUUUGUGACUGAGGCUCUUCAUUUAUAUCCUCAAGAGCACUCCAAGUAACAUAUUUUGGACAGUCAUACAAAAAUCUCUCAUAAAGGGGAUGAUCAAAUGAAACUUCUCCGGACAUGACCUUUAUGAAACACAUUCUCUGCAAUUGAUCAAGGAAAUUGCCUUCACUAAUUUU